AGAAAACAAAAAAAAAUACGACAACGCCUGAAAAUCGUUAAAAUCGAAAUUCUCGCCCGCUCAAAAUUUUCGGUAGCGAGGGAAAAAUCAAAUCAAAAACUUUUGGAUUUCUCUCUUUCUUUCGAGAUUUCUCACUCCUUCCAAAGAAGAAGAAGCAUAAAACUCGAGUCCAGUGAUAAACAAAAACUCAGAUACCCAUAAACUAAUUUUCCGAAUCAAAUCAAUUUUUUUUUGGUUGCUUUUGUUGAGACUUUGGUUAUGGCGGUGGUGAGUAAGAAUCAGACCCAACAACAAACACCAAAUCCUGGCGGUGGUGUAUCAAGGAUCGAAGAUUCCACCAACGGAAAGACUUGUCACCAAUGUCGACAAAAGAGAACGGAUCUUGUUGGAUCCUGCGUGACCAAGAAGAAAGACAAGACUUGUCCUAUUAAGUUAUGCACCAAGUGCAUAUUGAACAGGUAUGGGGAGAACGCACAAGAGGUUGCGUUGAAGAAGGAUUGGAUUUGUCCCAAGUGUAGAGGAAACUGCAACUGUAGCUACUGCAUGAAGAAACGAGGCCAAAAGCCUACCGGGAUAUUAGUACACACUGCUAAAAAGACUGGCUUCUCUUCUGUCUCAGAGCUUCUUAAAACUAGUGGUUCUGACAAAUAUUUUUAUACAAAGAAGGUGAAACCGGAAGGUGUUGUUGUAGUUUCACCACUGAAACUUGACCAGGAGAAUUCUAUUGAACAAAAACAUGUUAGUAUUAAAAAAUCGAGAAAAACUAAACGGGAAGAGCUCAAGGAUAUAAACAACGGCUGCAGCAAUGAGAAUGUUGUGGUGAAAAAGAGUAAUCCAAAGAAGAUCAAGCUUUCUGAUUCCGUUCAUGCGACAACAGAAGUUAUCAAGAAAGUAUUGGCAGAAGGAAAAAAGAAGAAGACUACAGCAAAAGGUAUCAAGGAAAACAAUGUAGCGGAGAAAAUCAAAAGAAUUAAACCUGCUCUCAAAAAGAAAGAGGAGGAUCAGGUUGAGAUUAAAAUACCUCAGGGCAAUAUCUCAAUUACUGUUUCAGGCAUUGACUUGGCUCCUGAAGAUGCUGGAAAUGUAUUUCAGUUUUUGGAGUUUUGUUCAGCUUUUGGGAAGGCACUUGAUUUGAGGAAAGGACAAGCUGAAUGUGUUAUACGCGAAAUGUUAUCUGGGAGAAGCAAAAGAAGACAACAAUAUUCCACUCUCACACAGAUGAUAAUCCAACUACUUACUGUGAUAUUAGAGGAUAGAGGAGAAACAUCCGUUUGCCUGAGUGCAACUGAUCCUAGUUGGUUCACUACGAUUGGAGAAUGUCUCUCGGAAUCAGAAGUAAAGCUAGAUGAUUUCCCUCCUGAAAUGUUUGAAAAAGGCAUUUCUCAGUAUGAGAAGUUGAAUUCAUCAAAAAGGCUUAAGCUUUUGAAUUUCUUAUGCGAUGAAACGCUUGGCACAUUGGUGAUGAGGAAUUGCAUUGAUAGCCAAAAUAUUGAAUCUGUUGAAAGGAAAAAAGAAGCAAAAGAAAAGAUCAAUGCUGCAAAAGAUAAGGAGAAACAGCUGAAGCAGAAAUUGCAAGAUGAGUUGGCUCAAGCCGUAAAAGCCAAAAACGGGAUUCCAUUGUUGAUAACAGAACAUGAUGCGAUUGUAUCGCGGAUAAAUGCAGAAACUCAAGAAGUUUAUUCUGAAAUGCAAAACGCAAUAGACAUGCUAUCUAAAAAGAGUCAAGGAAGUGAUGAUGCUGUUAGAACCAACCCGGUCGAAUUGGAUGACAAUGGUCUUAUAUUCUGGAGAUUGAAGUCUUACAAUGAUGAGCAAAACAUUUUGCUUCAAGAUUUAGGAAGCUGGAAUGAAGUAUGUCCUCAUGAAAAAUGGUUUUCCUUCAGCUCUGAGCAAAAACCAGAGAUAGAGAAAUACAUCUCUUUCAUAAGGAUGAAACGGGUUCAAGCACAAAAGAAUGCAAGUACUAUUAUUACUUAGUGAUGAUGAUUCUCUUUGGCCGCGAGCACAUAAGAACAUGACUCUGAUAUGCAAAGAGGUAAAAGGCUGACUCAAAACUCUUUGGUAAUGUGAUUCGCAUUGAGUAUUGAUUUAUGAACAAACCAAAAAGCUCUGUUUGUAUACUAAUGUUCAUUCGGAUUCUCGAAACUAUGGAACGAUCUUUGAUAGUUUAUCAGUUGUUUGUAAGUUUCAAGAAUUUCUGAAAAGUGAACAAACAGAUUCUAUCAUUCUUGUUUUGAUAUUGUAUUUUCAAAUUUUGUAAUGGCGGACUGCUUUUUUUUGGUCAAAAGAUAAGCUUAGUCAUCAACAAGUGGACAUGGCUAGAAAGUGAAACAAGAGACGAGGUCAUUCAUACGCAUUCAUUAGACAGUAGCAGCAAGAAACUUUUGGAAAACAAAUGUUUUAGGAACUGUAAGCACAUGAGCAAACCACUCAACGUUUCCCCAAAUUCCACUAUUUUUGCGCCUUUCAAGCGUAAUCACCGCACACCAAAUCAUCUUCUUACCGCCUCUGUCACCAGUCCCACUAUAAGGCAUAUUCUGCUCCCACAAAACCGCCAUCUUUCCACCAUAUUCAGCCAAUCUAACACAAGCAUGAAGAGAGAACCUAGGUAGUCCUACCAAACCCUCCAAUUUCUCCGCCGUCUUAGCUCAGUGUCAUACCAUCUUUUGGAGCACUACACAUUCAUUGAGUACAUAUGCG